AUGGACAUUGAAAAGAACCAACAAUUGGUAGCAAAAAAACUAUGGAAAACACUUCGCAUAGUUUUGUUCAUGUUAACAAAAGGAAUAGCCAAAAGCAAAAUGGUAGCAGAAUUAAAUCUCUUGCUAAAACGCGGCAAAGUCGCCGCCGUUAAAGCCAUUGCCAACACUCUCACUCUCCGCCACCAUUCCACCGCCGCCUCGUUCGUGUCGCCUCACGACUACGAAUUCAGUUGCAGCAACAGCCCCGCCGUAGUUAAAUUCCACCGGAAAAUUAAAAACCACCACCACCCGAACAAUUUUUCGACCGUUCAAAAGGUUUUAGAGAUUCUCAAUGACGUUGAUACUUCUUCUUUUUCUUCUCCUUCUCCGUUGGUCACAUUUCCUGAAUUCGGAAAAAGUCCUAUUGGAAAUAAAAUCAGAAUCACGGAUUCGCCGUUUCCUUUGAAGGAAGAAGAAGGAGACGAUCAUAGCCAUGUUGAUGUUGCAGCUGAAGAGUUUAUUAAAAGGUUUUAUAGAAAUCUCAAUUUGCAACAAAAAUUGGCAGCGAUUCAAUCACCUUACAACAACUCCCGCGAUAGAUAG